GGCUCUGGGUAGUAAGGGUGUGAAGAGUAUGGAUUUCUGCAAGGAAUUCAACGCCAGAACCGCCCACAUCACCACCGGAGUCCCCAUUCCUGCGCGUGUCACUGUUCGCCCCGACCGCUCGUUCACCUUCGACCUCCGCACACCCACCACCACCUACCUGCUGAUGCAGGCGGCGAACGUUGAACCGCGCAAGAACCGAAUCCGCGGCGCCCAGAAGCCGGGCCACGAGACUAUCGGCACCCUCUCCCUCAAGCACGUCUACGAGAUCGCCAAAAUCAAGCAAACCGAGACCCGACUCUCCGGCCUGAGCUUGGAGGGCCUGUGCAAGAGUGUCAUCGCCCAGUCCAAGUCCAUGGGCAUCCAGGUCGUGCCGUGAGGCGUCGCGUCGCGGGCGAUCGGAGAGAUGGACUGUACUUUAUUAUCUAUAUGGUGACCAGAGGGCCGUGCGAUUAGGGCUACUGCUACUUCUGUCUUGGACUUACGAAAUUUGGCGUUCUUUUUCGUGGAAAUGGGUUGGUUACCACAUGUAUCAUAGGCAUUGCAUAUUGUAUAGAAAGCGUUGGAUGGUGCCUGAAGCGAUCACAUGAAUUGGAUUCGGAUUCGGAUUCGGAUUCUCGAGAAUGCAAUUGAGGGCGGGUGGACGGGCGUACUGUAGGGUGGCUGGGACGACUUAUCUGGAGGCCCGACCAAGUGCUC